AUGUCUCUCCGGCGACUCCUCUCCGCCGCCGUCUCCGCCAACCUCCGACGCUCCCUCUCCACCGCCACCUCCUCGCACCCACCAUGGGCCAUGAUUGACUACACGUCGCGCGUCGACCAAUCAUCGUCGGCGCCGACCCCGUGCUUCCGCCCCCUCGAGCCUCCGGGCGUCUCAACCAUCUCCGCCCCGGCGCACCUCCUCAACCCCAGGGAACGCCCCGCCUGUUGGGAUUCCAACGUCGUCCAGCUCCUUGGCGGCGAGGUUCGCGCCGCAAGCGGCGACGGCCACCUUCUCCUCAACUACCGCGAUCUCCGAGCGGAGGCGCCCUGCACCUCCUGGGAUCUAUGCAUGGACAUGGAAAUCCAGCACUUUGUCUGCAACCCUCUCAGCGGCCAGAUGCUCAGGCUGCCGGACAUCGGUGGCUCCAGGAGGACCCUUCUGGACAACCACAUGGGGAUCCUCACCCAGGCCGGUGGCGGGCGCCGGCACGGGCGUGGGCCGCCUAACAGGUUCGCCGUAGCCGACCUCGUCCGCCGAGGCGGCACCCUUCUGCGGUUUCUGUCGGAUGAAGGGAAGUGGAACACGGUGGUGAUGGGCAUACGGCGCCGAUCAAUGCCGCCGCGCAACAUGUCGCUAAACCAAGAGACGGUUGCCUUCGGCGGCCGGCUGUGGUGGGUCGACCUGACCUUGGGCGUCAUCUCCCUCGACCCGUUCCGCGACACGCCGGAGAUCUUCUGCACCCUGCUGCCCAGCCGCAGCGUGCUGCCUGCACGCGCACCCACGGAGACUGGAGAUUUCAGCAAGGACGAGGAAACUGCCAGGUACAUGAGGGAGGUGGCCAAGUUCCGGCGCGUUGGGGUCAGCGAGGGGAGGCUGAGGUACGCCGAGCUCGCUCCGGGCGGGCCAUUUCUGCUCAGCUCGUUUGCGCUCGAUGACGAGGGCCGCGCCUGGACGCUGGAGCAGCAGGUGGAGCUCAGAAAGGUCUUGGCGGAUGGAGGCUAUCCCGUGCGGCACAACUCGGCGGCGCCACAGAUCGCCGUCCUCGACCCUCUGAACGCCUGCGCCGUGCAUCUCAAGGUCGGCGACCACGUCGUCGUCGUGGACAUCCACAAGGGGAAAGUGAUCGGGGCAUCUCGGCUGCAAGAUGACUACUCUUCUCUUGUACCAUGUGUGCUUCCGCCGUGGCUUGGAGCAAGCCGGAUCCCUACAACAGGCAAGAAGGAUGACAUGGAAGCGCCAGAUGAUCUGGUUAUUUGCCUCUAGAAGUGGUGAAUGAAUAUCAAGCUAACAGCGUAUGUAUCUCUGUGUACUAUUUCAUAGGACCCUAUCUCAAAUUCUCUUAUCUCUGAUGGUUCUUUGUUGAUCCACUAUUAGUCAUCAAUUGUCAUCGUCAGUGUCAGGAUGUUUUAUGUUUCCUGGUGGUAAUGAUGAACUCUCUUUUCUUGUUUAUCAAAUAUUAU